AUGGCGGACUAUCACUUCGUGUACAAGGACGUGGAGGGGAGGAGCACAGAGUGGGACGACAUCCAGCGCCGCCUCGGGAACCUGCCUCCGAAGCCGGAGCCCUUCAAGCCGCCGCCCUUCGCCCCCAAGGUCGACGCCGACGAGCAGCCCAAGUUAAAGGAAUGGCUCGACGAGCGCGAGCCCGAAGAGCUUGAGGAACUCGAGGACGACCUGGACGACGACCGCUUCCUCGAGCAGUACAGGAAGAUGAGGCUCGCAGAGCUGAGGGAGGCCGCAAAAGCCUCGCGAUUUGGUAGUAUAGUUCCCAUCACUGGCUCAGACUUCGUGCGAGAGGUGUCUCAGGCACCAUCAGAUGUUUGGGUUGUGGUCUUCCUCUACAAGGAUGGGAUACCUGAAUGUGGAUUGCUUCAGAAUUGUUUGGAGGAAUUGGCUACAAGAUACCCAGCGACAAAGUUUGUUAAAAUUAUCUCCACAGACUGCAUCCCCAACUACCCAGAUAGGAAUGUUCCUACAAUACUGGUGUAUAACAACAGUGCUGUCAAAGGGACUUAUGUUGGUUUGCAGAAAUUUGGUGGAAAGAGAUGCACACCUGAAUAUUACACUAAAUUUAUGGAAGCUUUCCUUUACCUCAACAUCGUUCCAGAAAUUCUUUUCCCAGCGAUAUACUUGGGUUUCAUCUAUUUACGCCAAGUCACUGUUAUGUUCCUUUCAGCUGUUGCAUUAGCCCUUUGCCAGUCAGACCCGGUACUGAAUGAUGGGCAUGGUGGCAGCGAUUCAUCUCGGGACAAUGUCAUCGAAGGUGUUCGCAGGAAGUUCAUAGAGAAGGUUGUGGCCCAGCAUGAAGAGCGGGAAGAAGAGGAUAGUGACUAA